CUGAAACACACAAGCAAAUAUGCAGAGCACCAUCGUGCUUUUCACAUGGCUGGUCAGGGGCCACCUUCACCCAAUGACACAGUUCGCCCACCACCUCGCUAGACAUGGCGUUCCUGUCACCGUCGCCGUCGCCGACGUCCCGUCUACAGGCAAGUCCUCUGAGACCAUCGCCGGCCUCGCCGCAUCCUAUCCUUCUGUCUCGUUCCACCUAAUCCCGCCGGCAGCGACCCGUUCCGCCGAGACGGCAGACCCCGACGCCGAUCCUUUCAUCGCCCUUAUCGCCGACCUCCGCGCCGCCAACCCCGCCCUCCUCGCCUUCCUGAGGUCCCUCCCGUCCGUCAAGGCUCUAGUCACCGACUUGUUCUGUGCCUACGGGUUGGACGCCGCCGCAGAGCUCGGCGUCCCGGCCUACCUUUUCUUCACCUCGGCUGCGUCGGUCCUUGCUGCCUACCUGCACAUCCCCGUCAUGCGCUCCGCUGUCUCCUUCCGGGACAUGGGGCGCUCCCUGCUGCACUUCCCCGGAGUCCACCCAGUUCCGGCGUCCGACUUGCCGGAAGUGCUGCUGGAUCGCGGGGACAGCCAGUACAAGGCAAUCCUUAGCCUCAUGGAGCAGCUGCCAAGAUCUAGGGGCAUUCUGCCGAACACGUUCGAGUGGCUGGAGCCCCGCGCCGUUAAGGCGAUAAAAAACGGGGCUCCCCGUCCCGGCGACGGUGAGUCAGUGCCCAAGCUGUUCUGCGUCGGUCCGUUGGUCGGCGAGGAGAGGGGAAGCAACGUGCAGCACGAAUGCCUGAGAUGGCUAGACAAGCAGCCGGCGCGGAGCGUGGUGUUCCUCUGCUUCGGGAGCGCGAGCUCGUUGCCCGCAGAGCAGCUGCAUGAGAUCGCCGUGGGGCUGGAGAAGAGCGGGCAUCCGUUCUUAUGGGCCGUGCGAGCACCCGUUGCGCCGGACGCCGACUCGACGAAGCGGUUCGAGGGGCGGGCCGAGGCGGCGGUGGAGGCGCUGCUGCCGGAGGGGUUCUUGGACAGGACGAGGGGACGCGGGAUGGUGGUUUCCUCCUGGGCGCCGCAAGUGGAGGUGCUCCGGCACCCGGCGACCGGCGCGUUCGUGACGCACUGCGGAUGGAACUCGACGCUGGAGGCUGUCGUAGCCGGGGUGCCGAUGGUGUGCUGGCCCAUGUACGCAGAGCAGAGGAUGAACAAGGUGUUGGUCGUGGAGGAGAUGAAACUCGGGGUGGCCAUGAGCGGCUACGACGAGGGGUUGGUUAAAGCGGAUGAGGUGGAGGGGAAGGUGAGGCUGGUCAUGGAGUCCGAGCAAGGGAAGGAGAUCAGGGAGCGGAUGAUGCUGGCGCAAGAGAUUGCUGCGAAUGCGCUGGAGGUCGGUGGAUCGUCAGCGGCAGCAUUUGUUGACUUCCUGGACGAUCUCAAGAUUUCGAUGCUCGAUUGAAUCGUUGACUAUGUUAUUUAACCUUUUGUGUCCACCUUGUUCAGCCUGUGUGCAACUGGAAUCUGGAUUUUCUAGGGUGGAAUUUGUUGAGGUAAAUUGUAUACAUUGUAGGAAAAUUGAUGACA